UUGUGUUCAAUCGCUUGUCUGUCCUGGACGGCAUAUCGCAUAAAACCACUUUUGAGCAAAAAACCUCGACAUUUUUCUUCAUUGAUAUUUUUUCUUUUUUUUUUAAAAAAAUUCAAUUUAUCUUUUAAAUUUUUUUUGUUUCAUCACAUUUCAAACUUUUCGGUUCAAACAAUGUUGGGUUUAUAUCGUAAUUGUACCAGUUUGGUACGUGCAUCAAAACCGGCCGUACAAUUAGCUGUACAAAAUCAAACCGCAAAAAAUGCUUUACCAGCAUUAUGUGAUCAAUCUCAAAAACGAUAUGCAGCCGCAGCUGCUACUGCUCCAAAAAGUGGUAAAAAAAUGGGUAAAAUUGUUGCGGUCAUUGGUGCUGUUGUCGAUGUACAAUUCGAAGAUGAAUUACCGUACAUUUUAAAUGCUUUAGAAGUUGUUGAUCGUAAACCUCGAUUAGUUCUUGAAGUUGCUCAACAUUUGGGCGAAAAUGUUGUCCGUACUAUUGCCAUGGAUGGUACUGAAGGUCUUGUUCGUGGUCAAGAUGUAUUGGAUACUGAUUCUCCUAUUAAAAUUCCUGUUGGUCCUGAAACUCUUGGCAGAAUUAUGAAUGUUAUUGGUGAACCAAUUGAUGAACGUGGCCCAAUCAGUUCAAACAAAUUUGCAUCAAUUCAUGCUGAUGCUCCGGAAUUUGUUGACAUGAGUGUUGAAGCUGAAAUUCUUGUCACUGGUAUUAAAGUUGUCGAUUUAUUGGCACCAUAUUCCAAAGGUGGUAAAAUUGGUCUUUUUGGUGGUGCCGGUGUAGGCAAAACUGUAUUGAUUAUGGAACUUAUUAACAAUGUUGCUAAAGCUCAUGGUGGUUAUUCAGUGUUUGCUGGUGUUGGUGAACGUACUCGUGAAGGAAAUGAUUUAUAUCAUGAAAUGAUUGAAGGUGGUGUUAUUUCAUUGAAAGAUAAAAGCUCAAAAGUCGCACUUGUAUAUGGUCAAAUGAAUGAACCACCAGGAGCACGUGCUCGUGUUGCUUUAACUGGUCUUACUGUUGCUGAAUAUUUCCGUGAUGCUGAAGGACAAGAUGUGUUACUUUUUAUUGAUAAUAUUUUCCGUUUCACACAAGCUGGUUCAGAAGUAUCCGCUUUAUUGGGUCGUAUUCCAUCAGCUGUCGGUUAUCAACCAACAUUGGCCACCGAUAUGGGUUCUAUGCAGGAACGUAUUACGACAACCAAAAAAGGUUCAAUCACUUCGGUACAAGCUAUCUAUGUGCCUGCUGAUGAUUUAACUGAUCCUGCUCCAGCUACGACAUUUGCCCAUUUGGAUGCAACCACUGUAUUGUCACGUGGUAUUGCCGAAUUAGGUAUCUAUCCGGCUGUCGAUCCACUUGAUUCCACUUCACGUAUUAUGGACCCUAAUAUUGUCGGUGCUGAACAUUAUGAAAUUGCUCGUGGUGUGCAGAAAAUUCUUCAGGAUUAUAAAUCGUUGCAAGAUAUUAUCGCUAUUUUAGGUAUGGAUGAAUUAAGUGAAGAGGAUAAAAUAACUGUAGCACGUGCACGUAAAAUUCAACGUUUCUUAUCGCAACCUUUCCAAGUUGCUGAAGUUUUUACCGGUCAAGCGGGUAAAUUUGUACCAUUGAAAGAUACUAUUUCUGGAUUCAAAGCAAUUUUGGAUGGUGAAUAUGAUCAUUUACCGGAAAUUGCUUUCUAUAUGGUUGGCCCAAUCGAAGAAGUAAUUGAAAAAGCCGAAAAAUUAGCUAAAGAUACUGAUUAAACAUUUUUAAAAAAAUUUCAAAUUGUCAUCA